AUGAACUCGCACCCGUCUCUGUCUCGUCCAUCCCGACCAUUCGAAACGAUGCCACCCCCUUCACGACCCAGUUCGGCUGGACCCAUGCCCCAGUCGACUCCUUCGACCUGGAUCGAUCACCACGAGGCCCGGCCGUCGUCCUACUCGGUUCGGCCUCAGCUGGCCGUUCAAACAAGGCUUCGCGCGCGCAGCAUCACCUCCACCACCGCCGCCACCAACAGUAGCUCCACCUCGUGCUCGGGUUCGGCCUCGCCGACACCGGCACCGGCAUCGACAAACGCAGGCUCAUACGAUGAAUCAUCGCAGGCGUCCACAUCCACAUCGACGCUGGCUUCAACCUUGACCUCGUCGUCAUCCUUUACCUUGACGGUCACGCCGGCUCUGACAAGGCGCCAAACCGAUCCCACGGGCCUUGUUCCGCUUCGACCCAUCGCCAGUCGCUCGAGGCUGAGUGAGCUUCCUCUCAACAGGGAAGACACCGACAGCGAUGAAGACGACGACGAGGGCACCUCGGUCUAUGACGACGCUAUGUCCGAGGGAGUGCCCGAUCUGCACGAGCACGAGGGUUCGUCGUCAACGUCCGAUUCCGAAGAGACGCCGAGCACUCCAGCGAACGAUGCCAUGUCCCCGUUCCCGACCUGGAAUGUCGUCUCGCCCAAGGAACAGCAGCGCGCAUUCGCAGCGUCUCAGGUCGACGAUGAUGUCGAUCGAUACACACCUGCGAGGUCCAAGUUCGAAGGCUCGACUCGUCACGACCUCCGGAGAGGCAAGAGCUUCACGAGCCUGAUCGUGCAACCCGUCACGCCCUCGCCCGCGACUGUCGAGCAACCCGAUCCGAUCGCGGAGCACGUGCAGCAUGAUCACAACGUUAGCCACGAGGAGCACUACCCACCGACUCCGAAUGAUCUGGAAGCCGGGCGGGCCAGUUUUGAUGGCACAACUGAAGCGACCGAAACCUUCCCGCCCUCGACCAAAAGCCUGCGUGACUUUGUGCCGCAGAUCGCAACGCUCGCGGCUCUGUUCUUUUCCUCGUUCGUCUGUAUUGCCCUCUUGGUCUCGAGCCUGCCGGGCCUUUUCAUUCCUCACUCCGUCGCCGACCUGCCUCAAUUGACGAUCGCCCUGUCGGCAUAUCGGUCCAUGUCGUGGUUCGCUGAGCUGCACCUUUUCGUCGUCUUGGCAACGCUCUUCUUGUGGAAGCAGUGCUUCAGCAUCCCCGGCUCCAUCUUAACCAACAUACUCUGCGGCGCAUUGUACGGCACAACGAUUGGCACCUUUUGGGCCUGCAUUUGGACCGCACUGGGCUCGACUGGCGCCUACGGAAUUGCUCUGGUGGUCGCACCAUUGGUGAGUGCAGCCAGAUUCCAUUGAUCACCUCAUUUCAACGAGAUCUGAUGCGGUCUACCCCUUGCAAAUCAGAUCGAGUACUACUUUGCCAAGCCGCUCAAACUUACCCGCCGGACGCUGAAAAUUGUGCCGGACUCGCUCGGCAAGGAAGAGCCCGCCAUCACCCCGUUGUCUCCCGGUGACCUCUUUAUUCACCUGUUGCUCGCUCGGUUCUUCCCCCUGCUGCCGUACUCGGUCCUCAACAUCAUUUCUGGUGUACUCCGACUGCCCUUACCGACUUUUUUCGUCACGCUCGUUCUCGGCUCAUUCCCCUUCAACUUUGCGACCGUCUCGAUCGGAUCGGUCGUCGCGCUCGCCGCAUCGGACCCCUCGACGCCGCUCUCGAACAAGAUCUGGUCGCCGGAGGUGUUGACCAAGCUCAUAGCCGUGACCAUCGUUUCGGUCCUGCCCGUCGUCUUCAAGAAGCAACUCAAAGAAAUCUUGUCGUCGGCUCGGAUCAGCCACCUCGCAACGCAAGCCUCGGCGAUCCCUUCGAUGCUGACUUACAUCGGUUCGAUCUACAAGGAUGCGAUCGUACGGCGCGUUUUCGGCUUCGGUGCACUGAUGCCUUCGUCCGCAAUGGCUUCGACGUCCGGGACCGCGAACGGUAACGCAAGUCGGGAUUGGAGACGACAGCAGAAAGCUCAAGAGUGGCGGAGGAAGUUGUCCAAACCCGGGUACGAGGAAGUGUCGACCAUGGAUCCCGACGGAUCGAUCGAUGAUGCGUUGGAGGGAGGGAAUUGGGUUCCUUUGGGUGCAUGA